AUGUCUUCCCGCCACAACAACUUGCUCCCCGGGAGCUUCGGCCGAUUAUCUACCGCAGACCUCAAUCAAGGUGUUCGCCACAGUCCCACCAGGCGGGAAACGUAUUCUUCUUCAAGAGAUACCCGCCCGCCACCAUCGGAAUCACCCAACUCGCUCCCCGCACAGUCACAAUGCGUUCCGCCACAAUCAUCCUCUAAAGAGAAGCAGCCCAAUGCAACAAGAGCAACACAGCUUCCCCUCUCCAUAUACGAACUCCCAACCGCCACAUUCAUGUGGGCUCGCUGGAAACCCGACGACGACUCCCAGACCCGCAUCUUCGUGCGCUAUAGGACUCAACAGAGCGACACUGACUCCGCAUCGACGUACUCGAGCUCCACAUAUUCUCGACCGCAUUCACCGGUUUCGUAUAUUUCUCCUCGUAUCUCGCCGGUCUCAACGCCACCCUCUCUUCCUUAUUCUCGUAAGCGUAGCUCCUCGGCGGAGUCGGACGACGACUCUCUUCCCAGUCCUUCGGAUAGGUUCCUGAAGUUGCCUAGGAUUUUCCACAACAAUGCGCCCGGCAGGGUAGAUUCGGCCCGCAGCGCCACGCCGCGCAUUCCGCACGAAUAUGUGACUUUCUCAAAUAAUCUGGGAGACAAAGAGGCGAUGGAAGCGUAUCCCUCCGGUUCUGGCGCCGGGUCGGAUUCCAGCGACGUAGAACUACGCCCAGCCGCCUUUUUCUAUCCGGCCCAUCAAUCAAAUUCCUCCCGGGGCGAGGCAACGUUCCCUCGAUCAAUGACGCCCACCGCCGACACCCCUGCGCCUGCAUACACAGCGCUAAGGGAGGAAUCCGAAGAGUCCGAGAGUGACUUGAAAAACGAGUGGAUCAAGUAUACGUUCCCGUCGCCCGAGACUAGUGCCGGGCCGGACUUCCAUUGCACCUGGCAGGAGAAGCAGCGGGACGGGACGUCCAAGCCGUGCGGGUACAGCUCGAAGAAGCACCUUGUCAAGCGGCACAUUGAAUCAAAGCAUCUCCAGCUCAGGCCGUGCAAGUGUAAGUUCUGCGGUAAAGGGUUUUCCCAAAAGAGCAACCUCGAUACCCACCUGAACACACACACCAACAAUGCGCCGCACAAAUGCCACUACUGCGACGAACACUUCAAGGACCCUGCUCGCAGGCACCGUCAUAUGAUCCAGGUGCAUCGGCACGUAUCAUCGCGCACGAAAAAGGGCAGGUUGGGCACUGAUGUUCGCGCGGGGUCUGUCGCGGAAGCCUCGGGGCCUGACGUCGAGGACCUCACAACUCCCCAAUCUGCAUAG